GUGAAUGGAGUCAUGUCGUUUGGAGAACAAUUCCCAGUUUACUCUCCAGAGCUUUUUCCGGGGACAACUGCCACCGUUCACUUUGGCUACCUCGUGGCCCCUUACUGGGUGGACGGGGACCUGCGAAGAGGGGGCAACAUUACCUGGGAGAUUCUGACCUCCGGUGGGAGCGAAAUAGCCGAUCAGUACCUCGGCCAAGUCUCUCAGUUUAUUGAAGUCCAGCAGAACGCAACUUUUGUCGGUAACUGGAUGUUGAUGGUCAAUUACAUGCGGGUUCCUCCCUUUCUCUCGUCGUUCCCAACUAACACCUUCCAAGCUGUGUUGAUCACCAACGGCACAAACUCCUACGCAGUCUUCACUUAUGAAUGCCCGGAGGUGCAGUGGGGCAACUAUGCCACGAUUGGUUUCAACGCUGGGGGAACAUACUUUGAGAAUCACGAGUUCAGCGGCUCAACGGAUGCUCCCACAAUCGAUUGCAUCGCAGAGCCCGAGUUAGUGAGUAACCUGGUCUACGAUUUGGUACCCAGCCCCGGAGAUGUCCAAUGUACCACGUCCACUCCGGAACCUCCCAGCUCACUGGAAACAUGCAGAGGGUCUGGGUAUGAGACGUGCUGUGCAUCGACCUGUGCGAGCACCACAAUCGAGUGCUUCUGCGACCCAACCUGCCACUUCUUCGGUGACUGCUGCAGAGACAUUGAUGAAUUAUGCCCGAUGGGAGACUUUACGUGGUGUGUAGGAGAAACUUACCUCCUCUUUGCCAACUCUUACCACAUCAAUCGCGUGUCUGUCAACGGAUCAAGCUUUGAGAUUCUCUACAGCGAGCAGUUCUCUGGGGGGAUUGUUGCAUUGGACUAUGACUACAGAGAUGACAUGAUGUACUGGUCCAAUAUUAAUCAAGGAGCACUCAGCCGGGCUUAUCUGAAUGGAUCAAAUCCUGAACUGCUAUACAACACCAGUGACCCUUCUAUCUACGAUCUUGCGGUGGACUGGGUAAACGGGAAGCUAUACUGGACUGAGGACACCAGGGGAGAAGUUCUAGUCCUAGACCUCCAGACUCGCCUCAAACGAACGUUGAUUGCCAACUAUGAUACUGCCACCACCAGAGCAAUCGUUGUCGACCCAACCACCAAAUACAUGUACUGGACUGACUGGGGAGACGAAGCACGAAUCGAGCGUGCAGGGAUGGACGGUACCAAUCGUUCCAUCCUCCACAACACAAACCUAGUCUGGCCCAACGGACUGACUCUCGACAUUCCCGGCCAAAAGAUCUACUGGAUUGAUGCCAGUCUAGACACCAUCGAGUUCUCCUUCACGGACGGAAGUGGACGAACGCUACUCGAUAGGCAAGACGACGUCAUUUUUCAUCCGUUUAGCCUCACGUUUGCCGACGAUUUCCUCUUCUGGAGUGACUGGGUGCAGUUGACAAUCUUUACCACUCACAGAGACCGGCCCAAUGACAACAUAGUCCAACUGGAUCUGUUCACUCCUCUCAUAUAUCCUCCCCACGGAAUUGAGGCUGUCACUCCUGACAGACAGCCACAAGUUGAGAACCCGUGUGACAGUGCCAGCUGCAACUCAUCCUCAAUGUGUCUGCUGAGUCCAACUAGCCCCGAUGGAUAUACGUGCGUGUGUGCUGAUGAUGUCCCUGACUGCAUUGAUAGUGAACCAACUCCACUGCCCACUACACCACCUCUUUCUCCAAUAGGAUCGUGUAUAGUAGCAGGGUACACGAGCUGCUGUGAAGAGGGUGUGUGUCGCGGAAAGGAUAUAGUGAAUGGAGGUCCUGCGUCUUGUACCUGUGACCUGCAGUGUGCGGAGAUUGGUACUUGCUGCAGUGAUGUUGUCAUCACCUGCCCUGAUGUUCACAGGUUGUGUAAGGCAGCCGGCCUCACGCAGUGCUGCCCACCUGGCUCCGGGUGUACCAAUAUCUUCCACUACUGCUCCUGUGAUGCUGACUGCUCCGUUACCGGCAACUGCUGCCAGGACACUUUGAGUAUCUGCCCCAAUGCAACAUUCCCAACAUCUACACCAACACCAACAUCAACGUCAAUACCAACACCAACUACUAAUACUCCUACUGCACCGCCCACCACUACAUCAGUUACCACACCAGCUACAACUCCACCACCAACUCCUCCAAUCACAGAGGUUCCUGGGAGUGUGAUAAGUGUUCAGGUAGUCAGCACAUCAGACACUUCACUCGGAAUCAGUUGGGAGGCCCCUUCGUCGGGAGGUCAUCUCGACUACUACAAAUUGACAAUUGUAGACAUUGCCUCCGAUGUGACUCUGGAAAUUAGGGACACUGACGCUAUCUCUGUCGACAUACCAGAGCUACAGCCAGAGGUUCCCUAUCACGUGUCUGUGGAAGCUGUCAACAACCUGGGAGCUGGUGACUCUGUAUCCACUACAGCUUUCACCAGAGAAGGCACUCCAUCAGUAGCCCCAGUGCCGUCAAUAGUAUGGCUAAGCUCGACGGAAAUGGUGGUUUCAUGGUCUCCUAUAUCACUGGUGGAAGCUCGCGGAUUCCCCACUGGCUACAUAGUCACCUACACCAGCUCUCCUGGCAAAAGGAGAAGGAAGAGACAGGGGAGUGAGGGAGGAACUAUAACCGUUUCGAAGGACGAGACCUCAGUUAACAUCGAUGAACUGGAUUCUGAUAGACAGUAUUCGGUGUCGGUUGCAGCUACAACUGCAGCUGGUACUGGCGUGGCUAGCGACCCUGUCACUGCUCCUAGUGCAGGAACACUGUUUCAGCUACACUUGCUUGACAUACCAAGCUGCGACGAAUGGCAUUCAGCGCCUGAUGGGGCGAGAGCAUCUUCAAUUGUCUCCAACAUCCUGUCUCACGUGAAGGAAGAAUGCAACGCCUGUGACCUGCAAGUUGAAGAUAUAACAGACAGGGAGAUAAGAUUGACGUGUGACAGCGACCCAGUAAGUGCCACUUUCAGAGCUAUUCUCCUGGGAGAUCCCGUUGAAAACGAGCUCGUUACGACCAACCUCGAGAAAUGGGUCGAGGCAAACGCGGAUAUAAAUCUUGGCGAUUUCACUGUCAAACUA